UUCAGAUGUUGAACUUUAUCACAGUGAAGUGUAGCUUUAUGGAGCUUCUGAAGAGAUGUUUUGGAAACACAGAAAGUGUGGAACUUGAUGGCAAGAUCAUGUUCAUCUUUGAUGGCCUAAAUGAAUUUAGGCCAUCAAAGCCUCUAGAUUUCCAAAAGACGAAGAUCACUGAUGUAAAGGAGUCAGCCUGGGCUUCUGUUCUACUAGCAAACCUCAUCACAGGAAAUCUACUUCCUAACGCUCUCAUCUGGAUAACCACCAGACCAGGAGCCGCCAGUCAGAUACCUGCUCAGUUUGUUGAUCGUGUGACAGAGAUUUGGGGAUUUUGCGACCAACAAAAGGAAGAAUAUUUUAACAAGAGCUUAAGUGACCGGCAAAUGGCCAAAACAGUCAUUGAUAAUAUCAAGAAAUCAAAGCAUAUCAACAGCAUGUGCUACAUUCCAGAUUACUGCCGGAUCAUUGCAGCGAUUUCAGACACAAUGUUCAGAACGGAGUGUGCAGAGGUCCCCACGACACUUACUCACAUGUAUGCAAAACUUCUGGGAGCUCAGAAUGAACUGAAGAAAGAGAACAUCAUGGCUCUGGGAAAACUGGCUUUUCACCUGUUAGUUAAUGGCAAGUCUCUCUUUUAUGAUGAGGAGCUGAGGGGAUGUGAAAUUCAUGAUAACAGUAUUAGGGCAGACUCAGCAUUUAUAAAAGUGAUUGAAGACAAAAUUUGUCAACCCAAGAGGAUGUCAUUCUGUUUCGUGAAUCACAGAACUCAAGAGUUUCUUGCCGCUUUGUAUGUGACAGAGAUUAUGAACGGAGGCCUUAAAAGUCAAUACACUGCCAGAGAUUUCUCCAGUCUAAAACUUUAUCCAGAAAAGAAAGAAAAGUGCUUCACAGACUUCCACUUACUCCGGAAUGUUGUGAAUGAGACAUUACAAAGGCAGAUGGAUCUUUUCCUCUGCUUUUUACUGGGUCUUUCACUGGAGUCCAGUCAGAGUGUUUUACAAAGCCUCCUGAUGCAGAGAAAACGCAGCUCUUGCAACAAACAGGACAUAGCUGAACACAUAAAAAAAAUGAUAAUAGAUUCCUCUUCUGAAAAAUGCAGUGUCCUGUUUGACUGUUUGAAAGAACUAGAUGACCAUUUCUUAGUAGAAGAAAUCAAAUCCUACCUGAAACGUGGAGUGAAACUCUCUCCUGCUAUGUGGUCAGCUCUGAUGCCUCAACAUGUGGUCGAAUCAUCUGGAGACGCUGAGUUGAGAUCUUGUCAUAAUAAAGAGGAAGGCUGUGCUGUUCUGAGUUCAGCUCUGAGAUCAAACCCAUCACAUCUGAGAGAACUGGACCUGAGUCAGAAUGACAUUAAAGAUUCAGGAGUGAAACAGCUUUCAGAUCUACUACAGGAUCCUCACUGUAAACUGGAAAAACUGUGGUUGAGAUCUUGUGGUAUCUGCAAGAUUAGUUGUGCUGAUCUGAGUUCAGCUCUGAGAUCAAACCCAUCACAUCUGAGAGAACUGGACCUGAGUGAGAAUGACAUUAGAGAUUCGGGAGUGAAACAGCUUUCAGAUCUACUUAAACAUCCUCAGUGUGAGCUGGAUAAACUGUGGUUGAGAUCUUGUGGUAUGCAUGAGAUUGGUUGUGCUGAUUUGAGUUCAGCUCUGAGAUCAAACCCAUCACAUCUGAGAGAACUGGACCUGAGUGAGAAUGACAUUAGAGAUUCAGGAGUGAAAAAGCUUUCAGAUCUACUUAAACAUCCUCAGUGUGAGCUGGAGAAACUGUGGUUGAGAUUUUGUGGUAUGCAUGAGAUUGGUUGUGAUGAUCUGAGUUCAGCUCUGAGAUCAAAUCCGUCACAUCUAAGAGAACUGGAUCUGAGUCAGAAUGACAUUAGAGAUUUAGGAGUGAAAAAGCUUUCAGAUCUACUGAAACAUCCUCAGUGUGAGCUGGAUAAACUGUGGUUGAGAUCUUAUGGUAUGCAUGAGAUUGGUUGUGCUGAUUUGAGUUCAGCUCUGAGAUCAAACCCAUCACAUCUGAGAGAACUGGACCUGAGUGAGAAUGACAUUAGAGAUUCAGGAGUGAAAAAGCUUUCAGAUCUACUUAAACAUCCUCAGUGUGAGCUGGAGAAACUGUGGUUGAGAUUUUGUGGUAUGCAUGAGAUUGGUUGUGAUGAUCUGAGUUCAGCUCUGAGAUCAAAUCCGUCACAUCUAAGAGAACUGGAUCUGAGUCAGAAUGACAUUAGAGAUUUAGGAGUGAAAAAGCUUUCAGAUCUACUGAAACAUCCUCAGUGUGAGCUGGAUAAACUGUGGUUGAGAUCUUGCGGUAUGCAUGAGAUUGGUUGUGCUGAUUUGAGUUCAGCUCUGAGAUCAAACCCAUCACAUCUGAGAGAACUGGACCUGAGUGAGAAUGACAUUAGAGAUUCAGGAGUGAAAAAGCUUUCAGAUCUACUUAAACAUCCUCAGUGUGAGCUGGAGAAACUGUGGUUGAGAUCUUGUGGUAUGCGCAAUUUUGGUUGUGCUGAUCUGAGUUCAGCUCUGAGAUUAAACCUGUCACAUCUAAGAGAACUGGACCUGAGUCAGAAUGAUAUUAGAGAUUCAGGAGUGAAACAGCUUUCAUAUCUAAUACAGGAUCCUCACUUGAAACAGGAGAAACUGUGGCUGAAGUCCAGCUAUAUCAGAUAUGUAUACUCUCAUGACCCAAGCUCAGACAAUGUGCAUCAGAACAACGCAGAAGAACUGGUUACCAGGUUCAGCAAUCUUCAUGUUUAAGAAAGCAUGUAAUAGGAUAUAUGCAAAUCACACCUGUUUCUCAUUAUGGAUUGCAAUGUGCAUCCUGUUCUCACACAGCUAAGUGGCUUACACUGCCAUUCUAAGCCCAGAGCAGUCUAACAUAGGAGGCUUUCAGAAGAUUUCAUCAGAAGCUCGGAAAUCUUUGGAUAUUAUUGUGUUUAACCGCAAUUUGUUUGAUUAUAUUCCAAAAAUAUUUGGCUAAGUGACAUUGUACUAUAGCUUUUAUAGCUUUUUUAUAGCAGUACAUAUGUACUGUAGAUAUUUUGGAUACCCAAAACCUAACACUUCUCAACAAUACAAAAAAGUAACAGGCAGAUAAAUUAACAGCCACAAUAACAUUAAUAUAUAGAUUUAUUUGAACACCAACCCGGAGUAUAAAACUAACUCUUUUGCCCACCUGCCAAAGUGGUGUGUGGAUGCCCAUUUUAUCAGCAAGGUAA